AUGGUCCAUCCUGGUUCCCCCUCUUUCGGUGAUUUGAGGAGGAUGCAGAAAGAGGCGGAGAAGGCAGAUGCCUAUGAGCCGUCCAAAUCAUCCUCCCUGUUCAUCAUCUCGGCCGCCGUUGUCUUCAUCUUUGCCGCCGUUGUCUUCUUCUUGGGCGCUUGGAUGAUGUGGCUUGUCCCGGCGACCCGCCGCAUCGAGCACCUGGAGUUCCUCGUUGGGCACUUUCAGAAGUUGUUGAGGGAAUCGGACAGAGCCCACGAUGCAGCGCAAAGUGUCCUCUUGGCAGAGCGUAUGGCUGAAAGAGCCCGGUACAGCCACUACAGCAGGCCUCUGCUGGAAUUCGUAUCCCAGGGGCUGUUGAUGGAGGCAGGUGAAGAUGACAGGCUGGAGCAGUUUGCUCUUGACAGAGCGGUCGACGCAGGCGAGCUGCGCUUGGAGUUGCUGAAUUUCUUACGAGAUGGUCUGGCGCGGGGAUUCCCUUCGCCGAUGCUCCAUGCGACGGCUGCGCAGUCUUCGCAGCCAAUGACCCAAGUCAGCCGCGGAUUCCGAAGCCGAGCGGAUGACCUGCGACGAGAAGGAGCAUGGCACGAGUGGUCAAGCUAG